UAACACAAAAAAUACCUACAAGUAGGUCUUAAUUUAGGCUCCUGGCUCUUGCGCAGACGACGUUGUUAGUGGCCGAGGCCCCAUCUAACGUCUGCUCACAUUCGCUAUACAUUCGGCUUCCCGGCGAUUGACCAAUCGCAAUUAAUAAUAAUAAUAAUAAUAAUAACGAUUUAUUCAACAGAUCCAUACAUAUGGCUCUUCCCUGUUAAAAUACUAAUUAAAUACUAUAUUCUAUAACUAUGAACUAUAACGUUUAAGUGUUGAAAUUAGAUAAAAUCGAUGUUCGGAUUAAAAACUAGUUUUGGCGUGCUCUUUCGAAUAAAAGUUCUUUAGUUAAUUUUAAAAAUACUUUGUAAUUAGUACAAUUCCUGAUGUUCUCCGGUAAGGAAUUAAAAAGUUUCGCAGCACUAUGUUGAAACGUUCCAGUUUCUUUUGGCACGACUAGUCUAACUGCAUUGGUUGAGCGCAGUUCUCGAACGCAAGUUUGUCGUUCUAGCUUUAGAUACUCUGGCCACUCUGGGAAGUACAUGGCUUUGAAACUCGAUUUCAGGAUGUUGAGGUCUCUUCUUUCGUUAACUGGAAGCCAUCCAACUUCCAGGAUAUCCUUUUGAUCUUUAACAUAUCGACCCAAGACAAAACUAGCAGUUGCAAAUUGAACUUUCUGUAAGCGCCUUGAUAGAAACUGCGGGAGUGGAUAGAAAACACCAUCAGCAUAAUCCAAUUUGGAUAAUAUUAGCGUUUCAGCUAACUGCUUUCUAAGGUAAUAAGAAGCUAGAUGUUUAAGUUUCCUUAAUAUUUGCAAGGUGGUGUAGCAGGCAGAUGUUAUGUGACGGAUAUGGUUGUCCCAUUUUAGGUGUUCGUUGAAAUGAACGCCAAGCAACUUGCAUGACUUUAUGCGCUCUAGUUCGUGUUCGUUGACAAAUAUUCUAGGUUCAUAAUUUUCCAAUUGGUGGACUCUUGACAUUUGUUGAGUUGAGAAAAGUAUUGCUUUCGUCUUCUUAUGAUUUAAGGCAAGGCUUCUAUUAUUUGACCAGUCGUUGAGUUUUUUCAUUGAAUCAGAUAUGGUUUCUCUACAUCUAUGAAUAUGUUUGACCUUGGCAUGCUCAUAGAAUUGUUGUGUCGUCAGCAUAUUGAUGGCUUUUGGCGUCGAUAAUUUCUUGAAGGUCGGCAACGUAUAUAUUAAAUAAAACCGGCCCCAAUAUCGAUCCUUGUGGUACGCCGAAGUUAACAUUCGUUGUAUUCGAUCUAAUAUCAUCAAUCUGAACGUACUGUUUACGAUGUGAGACAUAAUUUAGUGUCCAUGUAAGAAAAUCCUUGCAGAAGCCCAGUUUGCUCAUUUUCGAGAUGAGAUUUUUAAAACGGAUCGUAUCUAAACGAUAAUUGGAAGAUCGACCUUCAAUGACUUUCACAUGCAUGGGCUAUUAUCAACAAGUCUGUAGUAUUUUUAAAUUUGAAAGUUUUAAUACUACGCAUCAGAAAAAGGCUUUUCAUUCUAUUAUAAACGAAAAGAAAGAUGUUUUCGUAAAUUUCACAUUAGGUUUAGAAAAUCACUUAUUUAUCAUUCCGUUACCGAAGCUAUUCGAUGUAAUAUUCGGAUUGAAAUAUUUAAACAAAUUGUAAACAUUUUAAUGUAAUCGUGGUUUCGCCAUUGAUAAAUUCAAUACGAGAUCAAGUCAAAAAACUACACGAUCAAUGAGUUAGUGCUGUGUCAUUAUUAAGUUGGAUCGAAAUCUGCUUUGUCACAGCCAUUUGGGCUGUCGUUUCCUCAAACGACGCCCUCUCUUCUCCCGCCCGUACUUAAACGCCUGCUACGUAGGCUAAGAAAUAACUUUACACUGAGUUCGCGUUCGCGUUCCGAACGCGGUUGGAACGGGCGGAAACUUUGAAACACAAUAAAUAUAUCAACGACAAUAGUAUAAUGUAAUUAGCACCAACCAAUCAAAUGACAGAUUAAAAAAUAUUUUAUCUCAUAAACCAAUCAGAUUUCCACCGAAAUACGGUUGUAAAAACGUGGUUUGUAUCAGGCCUAUCUAUUUAUUUGAUCUAUAGACUGAAACUUGACACAGUCGGGGCAACAUGUAAUCGCAAAUAGUUUUAAAAAAAUCGUUUUAAUGGCUUUGAUUUGCGUUUUUGUUUCAACUGUAUACUUAAUCAAACUCGCACAAGUCAAGUAGCCGAAAAUGCUUCAAAUCGCGAUCGUAUCUUUCAACGCGAGCUAGAAAUGUCUGUGUUGUGCACAGGCUACAUUUCAGCGGUCUAACAACAUGGGAUAAAAAUAGUCCUGACUAAAACUCAGCCGGCUCAAACUGCUCACGAGCACAAUCUCACUACAUUAGUAUCACCUUUGCAUUAUUACAUAAGUUCACCUUACAGUAAAAGCUCAAGCUUAUGCAGUCGGUUAGAAUGCUGUAACGAAAUGGCAUCCAGGACCGCUGGUUUUUUGCCGCUGCUCCUCGUUAGAUCUAAAAUGUAUAAAGUUUAUACACUCGAUAUUUUGAUCUUCGAGAGACAUCUCAACAAAAUCCACGUACCGCCUUUCAGGCUUUUUAACAAUAUUAAAUUUUAAAAACGGGAUGAAUCCGAGUUUAAAGAACAUUUUAGCCUUGGAGAUAAUGUUGAAGGGAUUUGUAGAUGGAAAGUGAAAUUUUUAUACAUUUAUUAGUAAUAACCAGGAGCAGUUGCGAAAGGUGCAACUACAGUUAUAUAGAGCAGAUUGUUGUAUUUUUCGGAACUGCAUGCCCCUGGUUAAGCUUAGUAAAUGUUUAAAAAUUGCACUCAAAUUUUUGACUUACAAAUCCCUUUUAUGUUUUUUUUAAAAUUAUCUCUAAUUCUUAAUAAUUAUUAUCAGGGAUGCAGAAAGUUGCUGAGGGCAAGGGCUGCGAUUUCUUAUCUAAAGGGCAUAUUUUUUUUAAAAAGGGCAGAAACAAAAACGAAAAGGCACUUAUCCGCUUAUAACCUUAUUUAAAAUCAAACACAAGCAAUGAAGCAACCUUUUAUUAAUUUCAAACAUUAAAAUGAGGUACACAGAAUUAGUAGAAAACCGUUUCGCUUUCUCUUCUACUGAAAAACGUUUUGUGUGGCCAUUUACUAGCUGUAGGUUAUAAAACUAAAUCGUUCAUUGUUUAUAACAUAUAUAAACAAAAUAAACUCCUCCAAUGUAACCUAUUCGUUUGAAAUCUUUUGUGCACCCGUUGCACCCAUAGUCUGCACUCGCACUGCACCCAAAAAGUUAUGAAUACAAAAGGCAUGGGGUGCACUUGCACCCACUGCACCCAUAGUUCCGGCAUCUCUGCAUGAUUAUUAUAGUAACAACUGUACCGAAAGGAACAGACAGUUCGACACUUCAACCAAUAAGUAAGUGCACAAUGAAUCAAUGCACAGUUAAUAAAAUUAACAUGAUUUGGAAGCUCACUUACAGCACAAUACAACAAAUUAUCUAUGUUAUUGUCCUCGUUUAUGCAAAAACUUGUUCCGUUCUCGUCACGUGUGUAUUGUAUUUUACCGUAAACAACCAAUAGCUGAAUGUUCGAACUCAACUGUUCACCCGUGACUGAAACAAUUGGUCAAUCUACACAUUACUAUUGGUUGAUUUCGAAAACUGAUACACGUCACGAGAUAGGACCCAUAUUUUUGCAUAAACCUACACAAACAUAGAUAAUGAGCUGUAUUGUGUCGCCGAGUCACCAAACCAUGCAUUUUAUUAGCUGUGAUUUCAAAUAUUACUCGUCUCUUUAUAGCAAUAUCUACACCGAAAAAGACAGAUAAUCUAACAACACAACCAACAAGUAGGUUCACAAUUUUAAAAUUCCAUUACAGUUAUGUAUCACUUCAAUUUGCUUCCAUUCAUUUUCUAUUUGAAAUUUUAAAAAUAUGCUUUUAAAUAUAUAUUGAUGAUUAUAGCAAAAUGUACAUCUUUAUAGCAAAAUUUACAUUUUUAUAGCAAAAUGUACAUCUAAUUCGCAUAUUGUUAUUGUAAAAAAAAAGCAAAUAACAAUAUGUAAAUUAGGUAAACGCAAGAAUUAAAGGUAUUGGCAAUAAAAAAAUUAUUUAGUUCAUUUGAAAGAACUCUUAAAACAAUAUAUUAAUUAAGCUCUAUUACAGAUUGUUUAUAUCUUGCAUAGUUUUCAAAAUAUUUCGUAAACAAAAACAGUCUGUUCUUGUUACAUUUAUAAUCGAAAGUGAUCAAUUUUCGAAUUUUGAGCUUAUCGAGAGCCUUUGUGAUGAAUCACAGACCUAAUUAUAGAAUCCAACAACAAACAGCCAAUCAGAAUGCCGCGUUCGUGGGCGAACGCGGAAAGUACAAAGUACCGGGCCUUGCUUGCAGGCCCACUAUCAGUUCCCUAGGGCCGCUGCACGCGGGUAAAUGGAAUGUUGUGGCUUUCUUCGUCGUGUUUGGCGAAACCGCAGCUUUGUUAAUUAAACUACAACGAUAGUGCAAGCAUAUCCGGAGCCAAGCAACCGAUCAAAUUGCGUGAAAAGCACUAUCCACCUUCCGGUGAUAUAUGAUAAUAAUUUUCAUGAUUUUUAAUUUUAAAUAACUUUCUUUAUAAUUAUAGCAAAAUCUAGACCGAAAACGACUGAUGGUCCAGCGACUCAACCGAGGAGUAAGUUCACAAGUUUAGUAAUUAUUAACGUUUGCAGCUACUGUAUAGAACACUAAAUAAUGGUAAUUGCAGUGAGUGGAGUGCAAUUUAAAUGAUCUGAAAUCAAACGCAUGACUACAAAAUUGCACGACUGCGAAGCAUUUGAUUUCUGACCAAAAUUGGACGACACGAGGUUCAAUUUUCACUUCAUUAUAUUCACUUUGAAAUGUUAAUUUAAACUGAACCAUUUUGAAGCGGAAGCAGUUCUUUUUAUUACGAAAGACACUCUCCUGAUACUCAAUGCCGUAGCGUAGCAACAAGCGAACAAGAUGAAGUUUCUUUACAUGUAUAAAUCGGUAAAUCUAGAAACAUUUUACAAAAAAAUGAAGAAAUUUAUUGAUACUGUGUAGACUAAAAGACAAGCAAUGCGGUAAACUUAAACAUACUAUAGGUUUUAUUAGCAAUUUGAUUUGGUGCGGAUUGUUCAUUCAAACUUAAGCAAAUUAUAGGAUGUACGAAUGACCUUGUUUAGUUGUUUUGCCUGUCGCACACGCGACGCUUCAUGCAAGCUUUGUCUCGGGGAAAUUGGUGAUGUCUUGCACUAUAUAGGCAGCCCAAAGGUUAUGCGUGCUAAAUAUUUUCCACAAACAUUAAAAGUUUUACUAAAGCAAAAACAUAAAAAUGUCCAGAGAAGAAUGUAUUUUUACAUUUCUGAUUUACCGCUAUAUACCGAGCGACAUAACCCACUGCGAAGUGGUUAGUUCUUUUGUCCCUAGGUCAUGAUAGCAUUGAUACGAGAACUGUCAAAUUUGACAUCACUAUAUACCUUAAACUAUCGAAAUAUAACGAAAUAUUUUAAACGAUAAAAACAAACGUCAAUCUGUGAUAGUUGCACAGCAUUCUUGCUGCAACUUUUUGUGAAGGAAAUCCUUUCUUGAAACGAAAAACAUACGAAUUUUUUCUGUAAUAUGCUCAAUGUGUCGACUGCACUCUGAUGAAUGACUGGAACACGUGAGAAAGCAGGUUCCACAAUCUCGUUGGUUGCCAUUGGCCGAGGAUUUUUUGGUAGCCAAAUUGGAAUGUCUGGAAUGACAAUGCGUAUUCGUCAUAUGAAAUGCUGCUGUCUCGCAGAUUCCAGUCAUUCAGGAAAUUGUCCCAGUGGAACAUGGACAAUUAUUUCCCCACCACCAAUAAUACCGUUUGGUGAUAAGCAUAUAUAGAAUACUUAAAGAUUAUAUCAAGUAAACAAAUAUUAUUGUGCUCUACGCUGGCCAUAAACCUACGGAGUUCUAACUUGUGAUUGCUGGACAUGAAUUGUGACUUGAUUUUAUGUGAUUUAAAAUUAUUUUACUUUGCAGCAAAAAUCAUUGGAGCUUGUGUACCAAGGGGUACUAUCUAUCUGGCCUUUAUCGUUCAGAUGGUCAUUAUCUAAGCAACAUUGAGAAAGCGUGGUGUUGCAAACCUCAUGAAGCACCUAAUUUCUACACGUCAUGUUACAAUGAGAGUGUUCGGUCAGAAUUUGACUGGAAUAAAGAAGGAAUGGUGUCAUGCACAACAGCUAGUUAUUAUAUCGCUGGUCUUUAUAGAUCCUCGUGUGACAAAUUGUAUUGUAUUGAAGAAUUUAAAUGCUGCAAAUUGUAGUACCUGGAAGAUCAUAAAAUUCGCACAAUCCUCCAUAACAUGUUUUCAUCAACAACAUUCCUCCUGCGUAGCAAUCGCAAAGUUAAUAUUAUAUAUAAUUGUUAACUUAAAUUAUUUGCUGUAAGGUAAUAAAUAUAGUUCAAACAUCAUUAAUAAUUCAUAAGCUUAUUGGCAAAUCAGGUCAACCAUAAUAUGGCACGUGCAGUAGCUUUAAACCUGAUAAAACACUCCUAAUUAGUAUUCUUUAUAUAAAGAAAACUAAUAAGGCAGUAUCUAUUGUAGUCGUGUCUUCAUUAGUAUUUUUUUAUAUAAAGAAUACUAAUAAGGCAGUAUAUCUAUUGAAUUUGUAGUCGUGUUUGAAGCCGUUUAAUAAACUCGCAGGACGUGUUUUAUUAGGUCUAAAGCCACUCCCUCUUCGCGCUUUUGGCUUUAAACCUAAUAAAAUACGCCUGCUCGUUUAUUAAUUUAAUUAAACAGUACAUAAUAGCAUGGUUUCUCGUGAAAUUUGGAAAAACAUGCACUCUUGAGUUUUUGAAAGACCUCAUAAUAGCACGAGUCCGGUUAUAAAUAAUGGUGUCGGAAGUACUAUUUACAACAUGAGCAGCAGUGUUUUAUCACAUGUAAAGAUACGAGGUGAAGCCGAGUAUCUUUAGGUCUGAUAAUACACGCACUGCGCCGAAUGUUUUCAAUUGCUUUGGACAUGAUCGAUCUAAUAAAUUCAUUGACGAAGUAAUUUUCAAAAAAUUGAGUUGUAUUAUACUUGUAUAAGUCGAGAAAAUUAAAGUUAAAGUUUGUGUAAAUCUAGGGAAAUCUCUAUCUCAUAUAAAGAUUCGACACGCUUAUGAUUUUUCUUAGUUUGUGUUUUCCUCGUGAAUUAUUAAUGAGUUUUUUUAAUUAAUUAAAGUUAUACAAUUCUUCGGAAUACUCCGGGCAAUGUAAAUACACUCUGCACCUCCACCCUAGCUAUUGUUUUGUUACGCCAUGUUAGGCGCUGACUGUCUUGUCUAUCAGUUCAUUAACCGCCCCGAGCAGUUUCAGGCAGGUAUAUAUACUAUGGUCUUUUGAACUACGAUUUACCAGUAGAGCAAUACAAAUUACAAUGCAGAUUAAUUGAUCGAGCCUAUUUAUACGUACCAAUGAAAUAGUGAAAUCGGUUGCAAAUUAUACGUGUAUACAAUUGUGAACAGGAUCUUAAUUGUUGAACGUGGCCAAAUACAAUCCGAUUUAACAAGGCAAGUCAUAAUUGCACCGUCUGUGUAUAAUUUAGUAAUUAGUCAUGGGCGUAUGAGAGCACCCCCCCCCUUUCCUCCCUGUCGGUCGCUAUUUGGUCGGGAAGUUUCUGCUUAAAAGUCGGGCAUUUUUCCAGGUCCUCUUUAUGUUAAAGUUUUUCAUAACAUUUCCAAUGUUAAUCAGUCCGAUAUAUGAUUAUACUAAAACUGUCUGUACCAGUGUGGGUAGUACGAAUGUGAAAUUGCUGUGCUGAGUGGUUAUAUUCCUACCUGAAAUAAACAGCUGAGCAAAGCGAUAUAUGAUUAACAUAAUAUUAAUGAUGUUUUUGGUCGACGUAGCAAGCGAUUUCCGCCUUAGUUUAUUCCAAACAAACAUGUAGCUUAAUGCUACAGCCGGGCGGUUAACUCGGCGGGCACUCCUAGUCCUAGUCCUAGCCUGAAACCGUAAACCCAGCAUCUUUGCCAGGGCCUUUUUUAAGGAUUUUCCUGGGGAGGGGGCAUUUUUUGAAAAGGGACCUUUUAUGUGAGAUAAUAUAUUAGAGGGGGAUAGGCAAUGGCUGAAGGCCAUGUGUGAUUCCGGUGCAGUGCUCUAACCUACUGAACUACAGAGUCCAUUUGUCGAGCUCUAAGCCCCCAACCGUAAGUCAUGCUUAUUUACUAAAGUGAUGCCAUGAUAAGUUGAAUUGGUAAAUAUCAAUAUUGAAGAAUUUUGUAGACGGAAAUUUCUACAAUUAAUGUAAUUUAGACCAUAGCAGGGUCUGAAAUUUAUAUAUUUUCUCAGUAUCCAAAUGUGACACCAGGAUUUAAAAUUUAGAACCCUCCCCCCCCCCUUCUCAUAAUCAGUAUCCCACUUCUGGAUACUGGUUGCCGGUACCAUAAGUAUUAUACCUCGUCCCAUCCAAAUCAGUUUCCAUAACCCUCACUGUUGGUGGUGACCGCCCUUGGUGACGGCGAAUCACCACAAAAACCAUUUCUCAAAAGGUCUAUUAAAAUCUGUUGAAAUAUUGAUGAUGUACUUUAUAUUCUUCGGAAUUCUUGAAAAGUUCACUCCGACUUGGUCUCAUGCCCCUCACAACCUGGUCUCUUGCCUUCAGCGUUCGUUUUGCCCCUCAAAAAUAAGAUCCUGGCUAUACGCAACUGUGUUUAAUCCUGUACAUGUCACAAUUAACCAGGUAAAUUGCCUUGCCGCGUUCCUAAGCCGGGCAAGUUACCUCAUUGUGCCGUGUAAACAUUGAGCCUGCAAAACUAUACAGUAUAGCGAGUAUACUGUAUAUUUCUUCCAUAUUAAUAAUUUUGUAAAGCCAGGUCAUCAUAACCAGCAAAGCAUCCACAUGUUAUGCUUCUAAGAGAUGACAUGUAUCCCCAAUGGGCUUUGGUAUAGUCAACACAUACUGUAUUACACUACAUAAGAUAAACAUAGAUAUAAACAGACAACAUUGCAUAUCGACUGUCCAGUGAUAACAGCAGGCAGCAGCAAUAUUUUUUAAAAGCACUUACUCUUUGUAAGGAGUCCCUGACCGACAACGAUACGAUUUUCCUUGUCGAUCUCUCAACAAUGGGCCAACCUGAGAUAAUACAAUCUCGUUUGUCAGAGCACUGAAGUCUUCGUGCAAUGUAACGCAAGAGAUCUUUUCGAUGCUCCCGUCGAAUGUCAGUUUUCCAAUGGCUUCAGUGAUCUCAUGGUAACAUCCAAAUUCGAGUGCGCCAACCAAGUUUUGGUCUGAACAUUUUCCACAUUUACACCUAUAGAAAAUUGAAGCGAUUAAAUCGUUUGUUUUAGAGUGUAAACUAUACAAAAAAUAGAUCAAGAAUCCACCACACUGUAUCUACCACUGUUUCGAUCAUAUCUUGACUCAAGAAUGGCCGGCGUCAACCCGGCCAUUCAUCUUAUUCGUGAUGCAUUUCAAUGACAUGAUACGAAACAAGAUCUGAAGGGAGCCAGUUGUUGUGAAGGCUUUGAAACCAACAAAUUGUGAAUGUGUGGAAGUAGAUUGGACAACAAGCUUUGAUAGGUAACACUUUUACAUAGCCCUUGUGCUAUAAUCUAAGUAUCUUUAAUUCAGCCAUAUGCACAUUUUGACUACUGUAUUGUUAUUUGGGAUAAUCUGGAUAAGAGUCUAGGACAAAAGCUUCAACGAAUGCAAUACAGGGUUGGACGAAUCAUUACUGGUUCUGAUUAUUAUAUACUCGCGCAUCUGAAAUUUUAAGAUCAUUGAACUGGACUAAUCUAGAAGAUAGGCGUGCCCUACAGUUUAAGAAAUUAAUGUAUAAGACGGCCUUUCCUAGUUAUUUAAUUAUUAACCAAUAAAUUCAUUUGCACGUCUUCAGUACACGAGCACAGCUUACGUGGGGCAAAUCAUAAAUAUUUUGUUCCUAGACCCUUGUCAGAAUAUCGUAAGAAAAGGUUUAGUUAUAGAGGUGCAAUUUUGUGGAACAACAUGCUCGUCCAAAUAUCCACUGCACAGUCUCUCAGUGAGUUUAUGUCUCUCAUUUCGUAAAUUCAUAUUUUGCAUGUAAAUAUUUUUUAUAAGUAGUUUUGUUCUUUCCUAUAUUUAUAUAUUUUAUAUUAGUUAAAUGCACGUUUCCAUGGAAGAGCAUAUAUUUAUAAUUGUGAAAUGGACUUCGUGUGAAAAUAAAGAUGUCAUAUCAUAUCAUCAUAUCACAUUCACGUGUCCAAACUACUAUUGCAUGUCUAUUUUACCCCGCCCAUGCAUGCACGUACUUGUAUUUCCUUUUUCUAAGACUGUUUAUGAUCAUAAACCUCUUGGCAGAAUAUCUUUUAUUUUUCUCAAAAUUUUGUGGAAAUGCUUAAUCAUGAGUGGUUAAGAUAUGUCAUAUGGAUAGGAAACUAGCUGAUGGCAGUAGAGAUUAAAACUAUCGAAAAAUCUACGAAAUAUUGUAAAACUUGCCAUAAAAACUUCAAUCUAUUAUAGUUUCACAGCAUUCUUGCAACUAUUUUGUGAAAGAAAUCCGUUCUUGAAACGAAAACAUAUAUACGAAACGUUUUCGGCAACUUGCUCAAUGUGUCGAUUCCACCAUGCUGGAUAACUGGAGCGGGUUCCACAAUCCCAUUGUUGUGAUUGACCGAGGGGUUUAUUUGGCAGCCAAUUGCAAUGUAAUUGCGUAUUCGUCAUAUGAAAUGCUGCUAUCUCGCGGAAUUCUGGUCAUGCGGCAAAAUGUUUCGGUGGAACAUGGCCAAUUUACCCACCGCCAAUAAUAUCCUCUGUAUGAUGAUAAGCAUAGAGUAGUUAAAGAUUGAUAUCAAGUAAACAAAUACUAUUGGGGUGGACGCUAGCUAUAAACCUACCGAAUUCUAUCUUGUAAUUGCUGGACAUGAAUGUGAUCUAUUUUAAACAUUUUUUAAAAUUUUAUGUAAUUUAGCAUUACUUUGUUUUACAGAAAAUAUGAUUGGAACUUAUGUACCACAGGGUACUAUCUAUCUGGUCUUUAUCAUUCAGAUGGUGAUUAUCUAAAUGACAUUGAGAAAGCGUGGUGUUGCAAACCUAAUGAAGCACCUAAUUCGUACACGUCUUGUUACCAUGAGGAUGUUCCGGUGACAUUCGACGGUCAUCAUAGAGGGAUUGUGUCUUUCGCAAAAUCUGGUUAUUAUAUCAAUGGUCUUUAUAAAUAUAGUUGUGAGCUAUUGUAUUAUAUCGAGAAAUACAAAUGCUGCAAGUUGUAG